AUGGCAGAUCAAAGAAAUAGAACACCUGAAGAUCUUAUCUAUUACUUCUAAUAAAAUUACUUACAUCAAAUGCGUAGGAAAACACACUAAACUAUACUCUCAUUCGAAAUUCAUAAGAACAAAAUUAAUAAAUCACAUUCUACUCACAUUCAAUAGCCAAUCUCAUCAGCAUAGAAUUUAUUUGAUGCCUAUAUCAAAGAAAGACAACAGAAGCGUGAACUAAACUAAACGCUUAUCAAACCUUAAAGCAAAUCAUAGAAAUAGCUGAAUUAGAUUUUUAUUAACAACCGAUAGGUUAUAAAACGAAAUCGUAUUGCAUCAAUCUAACCAUAACCAGAUAAAAGUCUCGAAUAGUUAAUUUCAAGAAAAAAGAGUAUACAUUUUACAAUUAAUGAUUCGAAUUAAAAUUAAAAAAGAACAAUAGAGAAGUGUGACUGGCUGAUAAGACCUGGCAAAGUGCAUGUGGAUCGCAAAUAAAUCAAAUAAAUUAGACAUGAAACCAUAUUUAGAGAAACUCAUCAUCAUUUGAAUGGCUGGCAAAUAGAUAAUGACCAUGACACGGAGUUCUGA